AUGCCUGGCCGCACCCUGCCCACGAUUCCGAUCGCCGAAGUCCGAUCACACAACAACGAGAAGUCCUGCUAUGUCACUAUCGGCACCAAAGUCUACGAUGUCACCGACUUUCUCGACGGCCAUCCAGGUGGUGGCGAACUUAUCCUCGAGUAUGCCGGCAAGGACGUGGAGGCUAUCCUGAAAGACGAGCUGUCCCACACUCACUCCGACUCCGCCUACGAGAUCUUGGACGAGAGCCUUGUUGGCUUCACGCCUAACGAGGCGCUCAUCGACGGCGCAACAAAGAGCUCCCACCCAUCCGAGAUCGUCCCUCUGCUGCCUACAGAGGCAGGCAAAGCCGAGCUCAAGGGCAUGACCCUGAACGGCAAGCCGCUCUAUUCAGCAACGGGCAUGUCCUCCGCCGAGGAUCUGUCCAAGGAGACCGACCCAAACCAAGACUACAAGGAGCACAAAUUUUUGGACCUCAGCAAGCCGCUACUGAUGCAGGUGUGGAACGGUGGCUUUUCGAAGGACUUCUACCUAGAGCAAGUGCACCGUCCACGACACUACAAGGGAGGUGACUCGGCGCCGCUAUUUGGCAACUUUCUUGAGCCGCUGAGCAAGACACCAUGGUGGGUUGUACCUACUAUAUGGUGGCCCUGUGUUACUAUUGGCACCAGCAUAGCUAUGCGCGGACUCAGUGGAUCCGCCACUGCCGGCUACUGGGUGUUCGGCCUCGGGUUCUGGACAAUUAUCGAAUACGUCCUACACCGCUGCCUAUUUCAUUUGGACGAGCACCUACCAGAUAACCGCGUUGGCAUUACCCUGCAUUUCCUUCUUCACGGCAUCCACCACUACCUUCCUAUGGACAAAUACAGACUUGUCAUGCCACCAACACUUUUUGUCGCACUCGCAGCGCCAUUCUGGAAGCUUGCCCAUACUAUCAUCUUCUGGAACUGGUACGCCGCGACCGCUGCUUACUGCGGCGGCAUAUUUGGAUACACUCUCUAUGACAUGACCCAUUACUUUUUGCACCACCAGAAACUGCCCGCGUACUACCAGGAACUCAAGAAGUACCACCUCAAGCACCACUUCGCUGACUACGAAAACGGCUUCGGGGUUACUAGCCGCUUCUGGGACCGGGUUUUUGGUACUGAGCUGGAGAUGGGUCCAUCCAAAGUCAUCAAAAGCACGUAGUGAAGCAAGUUGUAUCGUGCGGAGUGAGAGAGUUUAACGUGUACCCUUAUUAGAGGAUGUCUUCAUAACGCACGGCGGCACGAUAUGGCGCACGGGAAGGACAAUAUUGUUUACGUUGUUACGAUUUUAUUCUCCAUUAGACCUAAUCUUAAUAUACACUUUC